AUGGCCUGCUGCGGUUCGGUUGGAAAGGAUGGCCAGGGCGAGCUCGCAGAUCUCGCAGAGCGCGAAGAAGAUCUGGAGCAGCUCGAGUACCUGGCAGAGGAUGAGGCCGAAGUUGCGAUCGCUCCUCGAUCCGAGGCUGCCGGGGCCACCAGCUUGGUGCAGGAGGGCAGGCAGAAGGGCAGGAUCCGGAAUCGGCACCUGGUAGAGCCCCCUCUACCCGAAGGCAUUCGAGCUUAUACGCCGGGUGAAGGAUACGGGUCGAAUGCCAUACCUUUUGCGGGGAUUUCACCCAAAACCUCCAAGCGCCGCAACGAAGGCAACAGAAUGAAGGCUAUUGAGAUGCUGAAGCGUGCCAAGGAGGUUGCAGAUCGCAAGAACGAGGCCUUUUGA